AUGGGAUUUGCAGAACUUCUGGAUGAAAUAGGAGGACUUGGACGUUUCCAGCUGAUCCAAAUCAUGCUGCUGUCAAUCCCGGGCAUCCUGAUGGCCAGUCAGAAUUUACUCAAUAACUUCACAGCAGGAAUCCCAGUCCAUCACUGCUCCAUCCCGAACCUGACGUCUGCUCUGAACCUGUCCAUCUCCGAGGACGUUGAGCUCUCUCUGCUGAGAGCGUUCAUCCCCGAGACCGAGUCUCAGCUCUCCAAAUGCAGCAGGUACGUUCAGCCUCAGUGGCACCUGACCGGAGCAAAUCACACCCAGUCUGGGAACCUGAGCUUGACUGGGACGGAGACAGAGAGCUGUGUGGACGGAUGGACUUACAAGAAGAACGAGUUUAUCUCCACCAUCGUGUCUGAGUGGGAUCUGGUGUGUAGUCUCCGUCCCCUCAAACAGAUGAGUCAGACCAUCUACAUGGGUGGAGUUCUCACAGGUGCUAUUAUUUUUGGUGGACUUUCAGACAAGUUUGGGAGGAAAGUGUUACUCACCUGGUCGUAUUUCCAGUUAGCCGCGUUGGGGAGCUUCACCGCUCUCUCUCCGUCCUACCUGGCCUACUGCACCCUCCGCUUCCUCACUGGCAUGGCGGUGUCAGGAGUCAUCCUCAACACUGUGUCCCUCAAGGUGGAAUGGAUCCCCACGAAGACCCGCACUGUGGUGGGUUCGCUCUCCUCCCUGUUCUUCACCUUCGGUCAGGUGGUUCUAGCUGGAGUAGCGUACAGUUUGAGGGACUGGAGGAAGCUGCACCUGGCCGUCUGCUUGCCGUUCUUCAUCAUGUUCCUCUACAGCUGGUGGUUCUCAGAGUCGGCGCGAUGGUUGGUGUUGAAUGGUCGCCCGGUUGAAGCUCUGCAACAGCUCCACCGUGUGGCCAAAAUCAACGGCAAACAUGAAGCAGUGGAGAAAAUCACCCUGGAGGUGCUGCAGUCACACAUGAAGAAGGAGCUCCAGUCCCGUAAGACGAUGUUAACGGCGUACGAUCUGCUGCGCACGCCGGUCAUGAGGAGGAUCUCCCUCUGCCUCGUAGUCGUCUGGUUCUCCACCAGUUUUGCGUAUUACGGUCUGGCCAUGGAUCUGCAGAAGUUCGGGGUGAGCAUCUACCUGAUGCAGGUGAUCUUCGGGGCGGUGGAUUUUCCCGCCAAGCUGGUGGCUCUGGUGAUGUUGACCUAUCUGGGUCGGCGUUUAACCCAGGGCACGUGUCUGCUCGUGUCGGCCUUCGUCAUCUUCACCAACAUCUUCAUCCCUAAUGACAUGCAGGUGAUGAGGACGGCGCUGGCCGUGCUGGGGAAAGGCUUCACCUCGGCUUCCUUCACCUGUGUGUACCUCUACACCGGAGAGCUCUAUCCCACCAUCAUCAGGCAGACUGGGAUGGGCUUUGCCUCCACUAUGGCGCGUGUCGGCUCCAUGGCGGCUCCGGCGGUUCUGAUCCUGGACGAGGUGUUCCCUUCGCUGCCCAGCGUGGUUUACGGAGCAGCGGCGGUAAUCGCAGGACUCAUAGCGUUCCUGCUCCCCGAGACCCUGAACGUGCCGCUGCCCGACACCAUCGAGGACGUGGAGGAGAAAUGGUCAAAGAAAUCAUGCAAGGUUCUAGAGCAGGACGAGACCGUGGCACUCGACACACUCCGUCAGACUGCAGAGGAGAGCGAGAAGCAACAGUCAAGUGGCCUCAAGGCUCUCUAACACACACACACACACACGCACACACACACACACACACACUGAUCCUGUGCCAGGCUUCAACCUUCCUCUAGUGUUCAUGAUACACAAUAAAGAGAAGAACAUCAUCA